CCCGCCACCCCUGCAGUGUGUAACCGGCCUUAUUUGCUCUGAUAUUUGCUUGCGCCAAUCUGCCCAUCUGCCAGGGCUGCUCUUCGCCACUAGGCUUUCCCAUCGGCCUAUCGCUGCUCUCCUACAUGCUGACGACGAGACCCCGGAAGCACCGAGCAAGCUGCCUGCUUUGUUUUGUUUUGGUAGUGGAGUUGCAGAAGAGGUAGACAGGCCGAGGUCCGUCCGGGAGAGAACCGCUCACUAAAUGGGGAGAGCCAUAUCGGGGAUGGAAGAUGACAGACCGAUAGCCGACGCCUGUAAAAUGCCGAGUUUUAUCAGCGGUUUCGAGGAGGAGAGGGUGAAGUUGUCCCGUAACCUGCCGGAAGAAACUUCCUUCACGGACAGCAAAGUUGAGCACUCGGUCAGAGAUUUGAGCCGUCGUGUCACCAGAUCAAACUCGCGGUUAUCCCUGGACGGAGGUGAGCGGGACUCGGAGGACAGGAGCAGCGAGGAGGAGAAGGAUGCGAAGGGCAACAACAAUAACAACUGCAACGGCGGAGGAGGAGAGAGGAGGAGGAGGGCGAGCGCUGUCGAGAUUUUGAGGAGGAAUUUCGGGGUUUCAAAAUCUUCCUCUCUGUGUCUUAAUACAAACAGCCGGAUGCAGCGCGGCGCGGAGCACGAACAACAUCGCGAUGGAAAUGUUAAUAACCACGUUUAUAACGGUUAUGGAACUGAACGUGGCGAAUGUAAAAAGUCGGAGCCUGAAACGGGCGAAGCGGGUACUAAAAACGAACCAACUUUGAACGACUUGACUUCGGUUGUACAAAGAGUUGAAUUUGUAACCGUUAACGUUGCUGGUCAGCGCCAUCGUAAACGAGACAGUGACAGCAACACAGUCGCUUUAGACGAGUCUUUGAACACUAAAGAACACGUCUACUGCACUGUGUACUGCAUCGCUAACGACAGAAAAGACGUUGUAAUCACAGACGAUGAAACGGUCACAUCUGACGCAUCAAAAAUGGACUUGGAGACAGAACAGGAAGCAGGCUCGAGUCCCGAACCGGCUCUGUACACAUUGGACGACCUGGUGGAUCCUUUCUGGGACAUGACCCACCCGUUGUCCAUGGAACAGGCCGGUGCAGGGACUACGAUGCAGAGUUGCCGGGUGUGCCUGGAAGAGAAAACCAUCGCACCCCUGCCCUGCUGCAGGAAGGCCGUGUGCGAUGAGUGUCUGAAACUCUACGUCAGCUCUCAGGUGCGAGUAGCCAAAUCUUACAUCAGCUGUCCAAUCCCAGAGUGCAGUGGCUUCCUGGAGGAGGGAGUGGUAAUUUCCCAUUUAGCCAAUGAAGACGUAGCAAAAUACCGUUACUUUUUGGAGCUGAGUCAGCUAGACUCGAGCACCAAACCAUGCCCCCAGUGCAGUCAGUUCAGCUCUCUGAAGGGGAACCACUCCAACCACUCCGAGCACAAGUACAAGAUCCAGUGUAGCAAUUGCCAGUUUGUGUGGUGCUUUAAAUGCCACGCACCAUGGCACAAUGGGGUCAAAUGUCGCGAAUACAGGAAAGGAGACAAGUUGCUUCGAAGCUGGGCUAGUGUCAUAGAGCACGGGCAAAGAAACGCCCAGAAAUGUCCACAGUGUAAGAUCCAUAUUCAGCGUACAGAGGGAUGUGACCAUAUGACAUGUACGCAGUGUAACACUAACUUCUGUUACCGCUGUGGAGAGCGCUACCGACACCUAAGGUUUUUCGGGGACCAUACAUCCAACCUCAGUGUGUUUGGAUGCAAGUUUCGCUAUCUACCUGAUAAACCUCAUCUGAGACGGCUAAUUAGAGGGUCUGUCUGUGCCACUAAGGUGCUGAUAGCUCCAGUGGUCAUUUUGUUGGUCAUGGUGCUCGGAGCUUUCGCACUGGUGAUAGGUUUGGUAGUUUUCCCGGUCUACUAUGUGUGUAAGAGGAGGAAGAAGCAGCGCACACAGGGCUCCGGACGGUGGAUCUGACUGCAACCUGCACUGCAUCUAGACCACACACACACACACACACACACACACACACACACACACACACACACACACACACACACACACACACACACACACACACACACACACACACACACUGCUUAAAAGACAAAGCCUGCAUCUCCUCAGGGAUGAACACGCCAGCCUGAGUCAUUGCAAAAGUCUGAGAGGAACAUCACACAAUUAACAAUGGUGAAUGGACUUUUUAAGAUGGAAGGAAGUAUAUAAACAUAUGAAGUAAGGCCUGGAUAAUCAUACUUCAUCACGCAGAAUAUUUGUAUUUCAGUGGACCGCUACUGCAAAAGAAAUGCUGGAUAUUCAAGUAAGAAAGGAAAGGAAAAGAAAAUGCUAAUUUAAACUGAGUUCUCUUAAGAUGAUGGUCAACAUGUGUUGCAAUCCCCUUAAAUCUCCACUAAAUUUAACAGCAUUGAACUUUCUUGCUGGCCACCUUUUGUCCCGGGCACAAUACAGGAAGUUUCAGCAGUGUACAUUUGACAAACAUUAGCUUGGAGCCCGUCCGUUAGCCUGAUAUGACAUACUGUUGAAUAUUGUGGAUGAAAGCUUUUUUUCUAAAGGUUUGACAGUGGUGGAUACAACUCGACUUGAUAAACGCUGACUGCUGGAAAAGGGGAGGAGGACCUCACAGACGAAUAAUAGAGAAAUGUGAGGAAAUUUAAUCUUCUUGUUGAACUUUUGCAAUCGCUUCUUCAGUCAAUUGUCAAAAGUGCAAGAUGGAAACUGAAUUCAGGACCAAGCCAUGAUGGAAAAAAUGAGUUCUCACGGAUGCAACAAAGCUAUCAUUGGAUUUGUGCAAUCUUCAUAAAAAAUGUGGACAUUUGGAGUCUUUGACAAGCACACACUAUUCAAAAUAAUAUGAAAGGACUUAAUUUGGACGGAUGGAAGGAUGACACGUUACUAUUCUUGGCUUUCCUGAAUAACCUUGACUCUGCCUCAAGCUUUUGCUAGACAGAGUGAAAAUUGGGUCCUGUGUCCCCACCCUAAGAGUGACACCUAGUUUCAAAUGCCACACCAACCUUAGCUUAAAAAAAAAAAAAGGUGUCCUGUUUGCAACAAAUAUUAAGCCCACUGACCGCUUAAAGGUCCCAUGACAUGGUGCUCUUUGGAUGCUUUUAUAUAGACCUUAGUGGUCCCCUAAU